UCCUUGUCGUAUCGGUACAUUAUCAUUUCCAUUUCAGACUUAAAGAGGAAGAGGUACAAACGAACUUUGUCAAACAAAAAAUAUGUUACAAAGCAUUUCUUUCAUUCCAAGAUAAGAAGAUACAAAACAAGAUGUAAAGAAAACAUACAACUGGUUUUUAAGCAGAUGUGCAGCGAAGUUGUCCAUCUAUAACCCCGCGUGAGCAGUGAGAGAUGGAAGUGUAGGUGGCAGCAGCAGCAGUAUGGGUCCUUACCAGUUGGAUUACUGGUCCACGGAGAACUCCAACCCUUGUAUUAAUGUGGACUGUCUGCUGCCCACUGGGCUCCUAGUACCCCUCCUGGUCUACAAAGAUGCCACGUUGGAGCAGAUUAAACAGGAAUUAUGGAAGGAAGCACAGAAGCUCCCCCUGUAUGGGAAGCUAGAGGGCAUCAAUGAGUAUCUCUUCAUGUGUAUUAACCAGACGGCGGAACAGGAUCCAUUUGUGGACAUAGUGUCAGAGCACACACAUACAGGAUCAUGCAUGCAUCCUCACAUAGUCCUCAGGAUCAUGCAUGCAUCCUCACAUAGUCCUCAGGAUCAUGCAUGCAUCCUCACAUAG